AUGUUCUGUGCAGUGUUCGCAAUCGUAUUUGGCAGUGCUGUCAACAGUGCUGUCAGCAGCUCUGACAGCUGCCGGUGGGGCGGACUAGCCUCUCACAGAUCCCGCCUUGCACAUGCAUCUCUCCAGUUGCGUCAUCGGCAUCGCGAAACCAUGAAAACGCUCCUACGACGCGCUCUACCACAAUACCCCUCCCACAGAACAACUGCUGCACUUCACACUACGUUGCCUUCAAGCGUUGUACGCUUAACGAUCGCCAACAACGCGCUUCGACCGCUCUCCAACCGCGCCUCCACCGCAAACACCCUGCGCCCACACGCUCUCACACACACAGCCGCACGAGCCAUGUCUUCAGACGCAGAUUACGCCGCGUUCCUCGACAAAGCGAAUCAGGAUGUUGCGCCGGCAGAGCAGCAGGACGUGAGCAGCAAGAAGGGAUACGGCACGAAGAAUGUGAACACAGCGGUGCCCAAGGCCCUGGAAAGCGUCGAGGAGUACUAUGUCAGCGAUGCAGACGAGCCUUUUGAGCCUGUUGCUCUCGAGUUUAGCGGGGAUGAGAUUACUGCUGGUGACCUAGCGAAACUUAUUGGUGGCGACAAGGAGGUCGAGGAGCACAAGGCGAAAGGAUUCGAGACACAGUACAAGACAGUCAUCGAUGCUGUCAAGAAGGCUGGCAACGGUCAGGUCAAGGUCUUUCGAGUCGAGCUCGAGGGCACACGAGCAGAGUAUUACGUCGUGUCAAUCGACAAGGAGGGAGGCAAGGUUAUAGGGCUGAAGGCGUUGAGCGUUGAGUCGUAG